GUCUCAUCCAGGGUUCUUGCUUUCCUCUCUAUAUCUAUCUCCCUCUCUCCGUCCAUCUCUACCCCCCUUUGUCGUCCCUUCUAUGUCCUCACCUUCUCCCCCCCUCGGACAACUGCAGAGAUAGCCUCCGUCCCAGCAUUGCUCUGCCUGAUUCCCAUCCAUCCACCAUGUCCUCCCGCACCUCUGCCAGAUCUGUCUUCGGCCCUUGCGAAGAUGUCGAUGUGAAGACAGAGCCCGACAAGUUUGCCCAUGAUAACAGAGAAGUCGCCAAGAUCUCCAACGACAGCAUCGCUCCGUUCCUCAUGCGUCACAUCCCCGGGCAGUACGCCCCGCUAGGUUCUCAGCCAGACCGUCCCUCCCACCCCAGCAAUGCAAACUCGAAAUUCUGCUAUCGCCACAGGCCCGAUCUGAAAUGUAGACGACAGGCAGAUGAACCAUCCAUGGAAAAAUUACAGGAGGACCUCCAAACUCUCCCUCAGGGCGAUCAACAGGGCAUUGCCCAUGUUUGGUCGCUUUUCUCUGCCGCUCCUGCAAAACACAGGAAACUCAUGUUGCAGGGAAUCCUGCAGCAAUGUUGCUUUUCACAACUUUCCUUUCUGUCCGCUUCCGUUCGUGAUCUCAUCCGCAUCGACUUCAUCAGUACCCUUCCGCCAGAAAUUUCCUUUAAAAUAUUGUGCUACCUAGAUACCGCCUCCCUCUGCAAAGCUGCACAGGUCUCCACGCGCUGGAAGGCACUAGCAGACGAUGACGUCGUCUGGCAUCGCAUGUGUGAGCAACAUAUCCAUCGCAAGUGUAAGAAAUGUGGCUGGGGUCUCCCUCUCCUCGAGCGCAGAAGGUUGCGCGAGGCAAAGCCGGAGAUAGAGCUUCGUGCCUCAACGUGGAAAGCCGAGGGGUCGACUACCGACCGGACCUCUGCAGAGAAUAAAGAUGCGGCCUGUGCGCCUGCCAAGCGGAAGGCCGGGCCGACUGACGAGGAGGCCACGGUCUGGAAACGCCAACGGGUGUUGCCAUCGUCUCAGCCAGACGAUGAGGAUGGCUUCUUCAAGACCCGCUACAGACCGUGGAAGGAGGUCUACAAGGAUCGGUUCAAAGUGGGUACGAACUGGAAAUAUGGACGAUGCUCUAUCAAGGUGUUCAAGGGUCAUACCAAUGGCGUUAUGUGUCUCCAAUUCGAAGACAACAUCCUGGCUACCGGUUCCUACGAUACGACGAUUAAGAUCUGGGAUACGGAGACUGGCGAGGAGCUCCGCACCCUCCACGGCCAUGAAUCCGCCAUCCGUUGUCUCCAGUUCGAUGACACGAAACUGAUAAGCGGAAGUAUGGACCGAACCAUCAAGAUAUGGAACUGGCGUACGGGUGAGUGUAUCUCCACGUACACUGGUCAUCGCGGUGGUGUGAUUGGACUGCAUUUCGAUGCGACCAUUCUUGCCUCGGCCUCCGUCGAUAAGUCGGUGAAGAUUUGGAAUUUCGAGGACAAAUCGACGUUCCUCCUUCGUGGACAUACGGAUUGGGUCAACGCGGUCAGGGUUGAUACGGCAUCUCGCACGGUGUUCUCCGCAUCGGAUGAUUGCACCGCCAGGCUCUGGGACUUGGACACCAAACGGUGUCUCCGGACAUUCUACGGCCAUGUGGGACAGGUGCAGCAGGUUAUCCCUCUACCAAGAGAGUUUGAGUUCGAGGAGCAUGAUGCUGAAUGCGAGAAUGACGACGUUAGCUUAAUCUCCGGGGAAAGCGACUCCGUCUCCCAUCAGCUGAACUUGGGGUUGGAACCGACUUCUGCUCCCUUCGGUCCCUCCUUUGAGGACGGCCGUCCACAUCCUCCUCGCUAUUUUGUCACCAGUGCAUUGGACUCGACCAUCCGACUAUGGGAGACGAAUACCGGCAGGUGCUUACGCACCUUUUUCGGUCACCUGGAGGGCGUCUGGGCGUUGGCCGCUGAUACCCUUCGCAUCGUGACCGGAGCUGAGGACCGCAUGGUCAAGAUCUGGGAUCCGAGAACCGGGAAAUGCGAGCGUACAUUCACCGGCCAUUCGGGUCCUGUGACCUGUAUCGGCCUUGCUGACAGCCGUUUCGCUACUGGAAGCGAGGAUUGCGAAGUUCGCAUCAUCAUGUCCUCGAGACGCUCUGCAUAUGGAGGAUUCCAGUGGGCGCGCCCCUCCUCCUGGCGCGACGAAUUCCGCUAUUAUGAUGACGAUCCGAGAGCCGCUACUGGUACCAUGGCACCGAUGCCCAAGUAUUACCGUGACUUGAGUGGUCGAAAGGUCCACGUUGCCCACGAAGUCGAGGAGCCAGAUGACACAAAGAGCGUGGGAUCAUCAUCAUCUUCCCGGCCUCGUCCUCACCCGUCAGAAGCCGGCAGUAGAUCUUCACGAAGCUAUUAUGAUGAUGAUAUUAGGAGUAUGAAAUCAUCUUCAUCCUUCCGGCCUCGUCCUCCUCCAUCCGAAGUCGGCAGCAGGUCUUCACGAAGCUCCUAUGCUGCCCCAGAUUCCCCCAGGGCCCACAUCGCCCGUAUGCAAUCCAAAUCACCCCGAUCUGGCAGGUCUGAUGCUUUUAGCUUCGACAGCUUCGAAGAGGCUUUAGGAGAGGACAAUAUUUCCAGGAGUUCUCGGAGCCAUCGUCGUCAUCAUCGCUCUUCCUCCCCUAGCACCACCUCUUACUAUGAUGACGAAUACGACGACUAUCCUUCCAGCUAUCGAUCAUCGUCCCGAUCCCAUCGGUACCCUAGAACCCCUAUGGAGUCUUCUCUCGUCAGCUAUUCUUCUCGGGACCGUCAUCGUCCCUUCCGCUCGUAUGAGUACGUAUAUAUGGACAUGCACAAGCCGAGUGCGGUCCGCUGUGUCCACAUCCAGGACUAUCCCGUGUAUGAGAAGCCUAGGUCUCGGAGAGCGCUGAAAGCGUCGUGCUGUUCUCCUGAUUGCUUUUGUGGGUGUUCUCCUGAAAAUCCGUGUAUGUAG